AUUCACCUCGCUGAAUACGUGAAUCAUUCCCGCAAUUUACACUUGUCGUCAAUUAAUGUCUCGUCGGUGUCGCCAAGCUAAAUUUCUUUCGAACAUUUCCGUUUUGCCAACCUUCCGGUCUCGUCUCCCCCGCCUGGCUGUCCAUGGAACCUGCCACUAAGAAACGAAAGCUGGCUCCCAAGGUCAACACAUCCGUCGAAUCCAGACCUCAAAUUUCGCAGCAUCACCACGACCCUCCUCCGCACUAUCCGAUCCCGGAACCACUCCCGGAACACCAUGCCUUCGAAUCUUUCGCUCGACACCUCCAGGAUGCUGCGAUGCUCAUCCAACGCCAGACCGAGCGGCCACCAUAUAGCGAGGUUUCUGUGCUCCUGCUGAAGUGGGAGGGCGAUACCUCAUCCGACGAAGAGACCGCCGUGCUCGAAAGUGUACUGCGCAACACGUACCACUAUCAUACCCAGCGAUGGGAGAUACCGUCCUGCCCUAACCCCAGCAUCAAGCUUGGUGUGCAAAUUGCGUCUUUCCUGGAAAAUACGCGACCGGAUCAUCUGCUGAUCAUACACUACGCUGGGCAUGGCUUUGUUGGGCAGGAUGGGCAGUUCUACUGGGCGAGCAGCGAGCGAGAAGACUCCUCAAAACUCAAAUGGGAUGGAGUCCGAUGUUUGUUUGAAGAUGCGCAAUCCGACAUGCUUCUACUCCUCGACACAAGUGCAAUUCCGAAUCCAGGCACAUCGGGCUCCCACGGUGUCAAGCAAGCCAUCUCAGCAAACAUGUCCAAGCAGGAAGCACGCCAAAGCAACCUGCUGUCGCUUACUGCAGCAGCAGGUGAAUCGCUGCGCAACCUCAGCAACGCUCAAAGCUUCACCGCCCGGCAGCUGUACGACGAAAUUAUAAGACUACAACAGCGCCACUUACAACAAGACAGAUCAUCAUCAGUGCCGACCACGUCCCCGAGCGAGCCUCGAUUCUCGGUCUUCUUACCCAUCACAGCUGGCGAAGACCAAGAUUUGAAACUUGCGCCGAUUCUGCCACAGUCACUCAACGGUCACUCCAUUCAAACACCGGCGGAAUUGCCACUUACUGAGCAACGUAUUCAGCCAGAAGACGUUGCUAAAAUUCGAUUUGACGAACAGAGGGUCCUUGUAUGCACGACGUUUGUGGGAGACGCCAGCCCGGACAUGUCCUCAUUCCAUAAGUGGCUGCAGACUCCUCCACUGAUGGGAGAGAAAAUCUCCGUUGAAGGCAUGUUUUUGGGCCCGCCCCUGAUGCUCCUGAUCUCGAUGCCCCACGCAGUUUGGAAUAUUGUGCAGCAUGACAAGGUCUGCUGCUUCCUUGGGUAUAUUUCCACGCACAACAUGCUCCACCUGUAUGGCAAGCUUAUUGGGCCUACCUCUCCUCUCGACAACUCGGCGCACGCGUCGGAAAACUCGCACCCGCAUUAUGAGGCCAGAAAGUCGGCUGUCGAGGCACUAGCCCGUACCACUGAACGCGAGCGUCGUCCGUCUGAAGAACAACCCUUGCUUCAGAUGGGGAGGAGCGCAGGCCUUGCGUCACUGAAGCCAAAGGAAGAGCACGAGGGCACAGCCGAAAUGCGAGAGGCUGCAGAGCAGCUCAAAGCUCUGAGUCAUGUGCGACACUUGAGUGAUGAAUCUACCCCAACGUCAGCGCGCCCUCGCACCAGCUUGCCCAAUGGCUCUGCUCAAUCGGACAAAUCUUUUCGCGAUGGGGACGAAAGGUCACCGAGCAAACUGGACUCGCCUACGAGUAGAGUCAAGGUACCUCGGCACGCAUUGCCGAAACACGAGACUGUGUGCAACCACUGCAGUCAUGCUCCAUUUCGAGACUCCUCAUCACUCAGGAAGCACAUUGCGGCCGCACACACGCGGCCCUUUCCGUGCGCUUUUUCCUUUGCAGGGUGCAACAGUACAUUUGGGUCGAAGAAUGAGUGGAAGCGUCACAUCACCUCACAACAUCUUUGCCUGCAAUACUAUCGAUGCUCGGCCUGUCCCAACAGCAGUGUGGAAGGGAAGGGGAGCGAGUUUAACAGGAAAGACUUGUUCACGCAGCAUCUUCGGCGCAUGCACGCGCCAUUCCAGGUCAAAAGGCCGCCAUCCAAGGUCGAUAACAAGAUCGAGAGUGACUGGGAAGUGCGGGUGAAGCAGAUGCAGGAAUCGUGCUUGGUACAGCGGCGACAUCCGCCUCAAAAGGGAGCCUGCCCCAAGUCUGGAUGUUCCAACAUGUUCGAAGGUCAUACUGCCUGGGAUGAAUGGACAGAGCACGUCGGACGGCAUAUGGAGAAGGGGGAGGCGGGCGGAAUCGGUGUCGAUCAAAACCUGAUUGACUGGGCUUUGCAGGAGAAAAUAAUUGCCUCGAAAGGCGAGGGCGAAUACCGACUUUGCUACCAUGGAGCCAGCGCAGCGAAUGGCGCAAGCAAUGAAAACAGCUCGCCAGUUGCUGCCGCGAAAAAGGAGGAGAAAACAGGAUACAAAGACAAAGAUUCGGAAAAGACCACGGAGAAGGAAACAGAGCCCCUUUCGGCGUCAACGACAACGUCCAUGGCGUUGUCGCAACCUGCUCUGACUGCCGGGACAUCUCAAACGGAACUGGACGCAUCCCCGAGGGGCGUCAAAGCCAACUCGCCCACUGACGGCGACGUUGAAAUGGUUGCUGUUUAGCGACGAGGCCGACGUAUAUGUUACUUUCCUUUGUCGUUGACGACGACAUGACGAUGAUUUACGUACAAUGAUAACGACUAUUUACGACACGACAGAUUUUUGCAAGGGCCUCUCGGCUACUGGAAGCAGGAUUUCGGGAUUUCAUGCGUGGUGUUGGAUGCUUUCGUUUAUCAGGAUAAUCGCUGGGCGCCUUUUGUCACUGUGUUCCCGUUAGGAUCAUGGGGGUUUGGUUGAGUGAGUGAAGUAUCCAAUAGUGACUUAUCCACUAGGUAGUUCUAGUAGAAUAUGAGACCAUCUGAGUGCUCAUGUUGAAACGAGUGGACAAUUGAGCUCA